GCCCGUUGCGCGCUCCCGACGGAGGGGAAACGGGGGAUAACUACUAAAACUGAAAUGCGCGUCAGAGAGAUUAUAACGGAUCAAUAAAAAUUAGCUGAUAUCAGCGUGAUUGAUCUGCAGCAGAAUGAACAGCGCAGCUAUGUAUCCGCCUGUCAUGGCACCCCAAGCCAACAUGUUUGGCAAUGUCCCAGGCUAUGAAGGCACUGUGCCAGGAGGAGGAGGUUUCCUGCCCCCUCCCAUGCCCAUGGAGCCGGUAGCCCCACCCCAACCCGGCCCUGAAAAUCCUGAAUGGAGCAUCCCCUCUCUUUCUGAGGAUGAGGCUCGUAAGGCAUUCAAGGAAUUUGUGUCAUCUCAUUGCUGCUACAGUGACGCUCCGGUCACUGAGGGAGAAAUCACCUCCAUGGAGCCAUUCAACACAUUUAGGUACCGUCUAGAGACGUUCACUGAGUCCAGGUCAACUGAGUGGGCCCAGAAACCAUAUGAAGGUGAGCCUGCUGACUUUUACACCCAGCCCGCUCCACAACCGUGGGAGGUCCAGGCCACGCCCCCCAAUCUCUUCAGUGACCAUAAAGUGAAGAUCCGGGUGCCAUACACGUCCUCUGUCAAGGAAUGCAACACCUGCCAUGCAACAGGUAUAGAGCAAUGCACUGAGUGCAAUGGAAGUGGAAAAAAAUCUUGCUGGGUGUGUAAUGGCACUGGAGUGAAGUUGGAUGCAGCCUGUAGUCACUGCAAUGGCACAGGCAAAGAAAGUUGUAGUAACUGUAAUGGCAGAGGGAAAAAUGAGUGUCAAACCUGUAAAGGAAAACGCCAACUGCUGACCUACAUCGAACUCAAAGUGGAGUGGAAAAACAAUGUGGAAGACCACGUGGUGGAGCAUAACUCUGGUUUAAAGACUGAUAAGCUGUGCUCAGUGAAUGGGAAGGAGCUGUUCAAGAACAGCCAGAACUUGGUUUACCCGCUGUUUGGGUUUCCAAACCCAGGAGUCUCUCAGGCCUCUGACCGUCUGAUCAAAGAACAUCAAACUAAGUAUGGCCAAACCUCCAGGAUUCUGCAGCAGAGGCAGACAGUCGAGCUGAUCCCCAUCACCAGGGUGAACUACAAGUGGAAAGACAACACCCACGCCUACUAUGUGUACGGCAACGAACACAAAGUCAAUGCUGAUGACUAUCCAGCAACCUGCUGCUGCGUCAUCCUGUAGACUAUUCUCUUCUUUUAACAUCAUCACAUUAAAUGUUUAUUAAAAUAAUUGUUUUCAUUUGAUUUAUGAAAGCCAAAACAGCAUCCCACAUAAAGAACAUCAUACCAAAGUAAAUAUAGUGGUGGGAGUGAAUUAAAUUAAGGAUUUGGAGUAGCUUAGUCAAAGUCCAGACUGAAAUUCAUUUCAGAUGCUUUGGCAUAGUCUUAAAUAUGCCAAAAUCACAGAUGAGUUAGAAUCUCAGUGGUCAGGGGUCACGUUUUCUGAAAAUCUUUGUCUACAGUCGCCAGUAUUUUAGCAUGCCAUGUCCCUCUCUGGACUUUUUUAUUCUUUUCUUUUUCAUGUUUAUUGAAGCAUAUCAUACAGUGUCUGUUGCAUUUGCUAAACAUCCUACAUCUGUAAAAGAAACGAGGAUCAAUAUAAAGGUUAAUUAGUGCUUAGCUCUAAGUCUCUAUGAAAAGCUUCUAUAUUUGCUUUUUUAUUCACGUUUUUCUGACAGUCUGUCUUGUAUUUAAAUGCAUUCUGGGAGAAGGAAGGAAGGAAAAGGGCUCAGUUCAUAUGGCCUGAAGCGAGUUGGUGACAGAAUGACAUGUUAGUAGCUCGACUCUGUUUUCCGCUCACCUCAUCAAUCUGCCGCAGUGUCUUAUUCAUCUACUGUGAAAAAGACAAUGAGAUACUUGAACUCCUCCACUUAAGGCAGCAACCCUGAGUUCACCAUGCACUCCUUCCUUCUAUAAAAAAUAUCUGAUGUGAAUUUUGGGGGGGUUGUAGGUGCACCUUAUCAGCAUUUGAAAAUUGUAAAAUAUAAAAGAUUUCAAACAUUACAGUUUUAUAAUUAACUGUAAUCAGUUAAUUAAAUGAUUGAAUGUCUCCAUAACUAUUUUCCAGGUGCACAUCUGACACAUCUGACGGAGUCACAGUAAGACCCCUCACAUCAUUAGCUGACGUAAUUGCAACCAUAGACUGUAUAUAAAAGCUCAUGCUAAAUAGCUUUUUAAACUCUUCCAGUUGCUAAAUGUAGUCCAAAUGUAAAGACAUGUAUAAGAAAAUGCCCAUUAGCUGCCUUUCUCUGUCAGCUCAGUAGACUUUUAUGAUGGAGUUAAGUUUAAGUUGCUAAUCUCUGGUCUUACUGAAUACAGCAUGAUGUUGCAUUGGUAAUUAUAGACACCACUACCGUCAUAAAGGAGGAUAAAACACGAUAUACCUCAAGCCAGUGUGUGAUGCGUCUCCUUUUUCACAUCAGGUAUUAAAGCACCAAGACAGCAGCAGUCAUAAUCAUCAACUUAAGGCUUUGAGUCUUCACAUUGGAACUUCACUAAUCAAUGCAGAACAUUGACUAUAUCCAUCUAUUAUAUAUCGUAUGUCUGCAAAAACUAAAGAAAUACACAAAACCACACAACCCUUUAGACUGCCUUCCUUCAAGACUGCAAAAAUCCUGUAGGAGACAGUGUCCGGCUCAGAGGGUCUGCCCUCUGCUGGCUGUUACUUAUCUGUGAUAUUCAGGAUGAAAUUAUUUCUGUUUAAUAGUCUAGUCUGUUAAUGUUUAAUCAGUCAUAAAAAUAUUUUUAUGUGCAUUUAUUUUUUUAUGUGCAUUUACUUAAAUAUGUAUUCUGUUAACCAUUUGAAGAUUUUAGUUUUAGUUUUGUUUUUAGUUAAACAGGUAACACAGUUCUUAUUUUGAUAAUAUAACCACCAACUUUUCUGUUUUAUAAUUUUGUUUCUUCUGAAUGUAACCCCUAAUGCCAGAUUGUUCUAGAACACAUCUCAAUUGUAAGAAUAUGCAUUUAAAAUAUGGACAUAACCAUUUACUAAGUGGAAUGCUCUUUUAUCUGCAUAGCCUGCCUUACCUACAUACAGGUACAUUUUUGCUCAUAACCUGGUGGGCCUGAUCAUGUUAUUACAUGUUAUGAUCUGUUAUUACUGUGGUUUAUUAAUGGUAUGUUAGUCCUUGAACUGAAAAAUAAACUCUGAGACUCAUCUGCUUCUUUCCCAUAUUUCCACCAAGCUGGGGAUGCAUAAAAAUGACGAUAAACAGAAAGAAGUGAAGAUUUUGAAAUAUCUGCAGUGAUCAGAGUACUUAACAGUUCAAGUCUUUGCAGACGGUUCUGUUAGGGAGCAAGAAAAAAGGGAGGCAAGCAUAUAUGCCUUACAUUUAUAUUGUAUGUAAAGAAGAAUAUAAAUGAUGUUUUGGUGAUGCUCUGAAAUUCACCUCCAAACCCCUCAAUGGAACGCAUUAUUAAAGGGUAAAAUUAAACAUUCCAGUGACAUUUGUUUGUCUAGCUGACAUAUUUAAUGACAUACUCUCCAUAUUUACUGUCUGUAUGCAGACAGUAAAUAUUGAGAGUACCAUCUAGAAACUCCAGAGUUUUGUCUAACUCAGGUUCUGAUGUUUUUGUGAUACAACUUGUAUUUUUGCUCAGUCUAGCAUGAAACUUGAACUCAUUUUUGUGACUUAGGAUUUCUUGUUGAAAAGAAUUCUACUGUAAGUUG